UCGAAGGCAGGAUGGGAUCCAGCUGGCACCAACAGGUCCAAGGCAGGGUGGCAUCCAGCUGGCACCAACAGGUCCAAGUCAGGACGGGAUCCAGUCAGCACCAUCCGUGUCACCCAGCCCAAAGCAGGGCGGGAUCCAACCAGUACCGUACGGAUCACCCGGCCCAAAGCUGGACAGGUCCUGGCAGGUGCCAACCAGACCACCAGGGAACCACCAGGACGGGGUUUAGCUGGGACCAUGCAAGGUACCAAGCCCAAGGCAGGGCGGGAUCCAGUUGAUGCCACCCAGCCGCAAACAGGGCAAGAUAUGGCAGUUGCCAUCCAGUUCACCCAACGGCCAGCAGGACAUGAUCCCAUUGAUGCCACUCAAGCCAAAGUGGGGCAGGAUCUGGUUGGUACCACACAAGGCACCAGGCCCAAAGCGAGGCAGGACUUGGCCCCCACCAUGGUGGUCCCAGCAGGUGAUACCAUGUGGAGCAACCAGAACGUGGGAGAACUAGGUCCUGAAGGUACCCUGAAGAGCACACAUCCACCAGCAGAACUGGAUGCAGAUGGUACCAAAUGGACAACACCUUCUUCGGUAGAUUUUGGUCUAGAUGAUACCCUGAGUAGCACACAUGCUGCAGCAGAACCAGGUCCUGAAGGUACCAUGAGUAGUACACGUCCUUCAGUGGAACAGGACCCAGAUGGUACCCCAUGGAGCACACAUCCUGCAGCAGAACAGGGUCUUGAACGUACCAUGAGUAGCACACGUCCUGCAGCAGAACCAAAUCUAGAAGGUACCACACGGAGCGCACAUCCUGCAGCCGAACCAGGUCUUGAAGGUACCAUGAGUAGUACACAUCCUGCAGCAGAACCAAAUCUAGAAGGUACCACAUGGAGCACACAUCCUGCAGCCGGACCAGGUCCUGAAGGUACCAUGAGUAGUACACGUCCUUCAGUGGAAUGGGACCCAGAUGAUACUACAUGGAGCACACGUCCUGCAACUGAACGAGGUCCAGAAGGUACCACAUGGAGCACACGUCCUGCAGCAGAACAAGAUCUUGAAGGUACCAUGAGUAGUACACGUCCUGCAGCAGAACCAAAUCUAGAAGGUACCACAUGGAGCACACGUCCUGCAGCAGAACCAGGUCCUGAAGGUACCAUGAGUAGUACACGUCCUUCAGUGAAAUGGGACCCAGAUGGUAUCCCAUUGAGCACACAUCCUGCAGCCAAAUCAGGUCUUGAAAGUACCAUGAGUAGUACACAUCCUGCAGCAGAACCAGAUCUAAAAGGUACCACAUGGAGCACACAUCCUGCAGCAGAACAAGGUCUUGAAAGUACCAUGAGUAGUACACGUCCUGCAGCAGAACCAGAUCUAGAGGGUACCACAUGGAGCACACAACCUGCAGCUGAACCAGAUCCUGAAGGAACCAUGAGUAGUACACGUCCUGCAGCAGAACCAGAUCUAGAAGGUACCAUGAGGAGCACACAUCCUGCAGCAGAACCAGGUCUUGAAAGUACCAUGAGUAGUACACGUCCUGCAGCAGAACAAGGUCCUGAAGGUGCCAUGAGUAGUACACGUCCUGCAGUGGAACCAGAUCUAGAAGGUACCAUGAGGAGCACACAUCCUGCAGCAGAACAAGGUCUUGAAAGUACCAUGAGUAGUACACGUCCUGCAGCAGAACCAGAUCUAGAGGGUACCACAUGGAGCACACAACCUGCAGCUGAACCAGAUCCUGAAGGAACCAUGAGUAGUACACGUCCUGCAGCAGAACCAGAUCUAGAAGGUACCAUGAGGAGCACACAUCCUGCAGCAGAACCAGGUCUUGAAAGUACCAUGAGUAGUACACGUCCUGCAGCAGAACAAGGUCUUGAAAGUACCAUGAGUAGUACACGUCCUGCAGCAGAACCAGAUCUAGAAGGUACCAUGAGGAGCACACAUCCUGCAGCAGAACAAGGUCCUGAAGGUGCCAUGAGUAGCACACGUCCUGCAGUGGAACCAGAUCUAGAAGGUACCACAUGGAGCACACAACCUGCAGCCGGACCAGGUCCUGAAGGUACCAUGAGUAGUACACGUCCUGCAGCAGAACCAGAUCUAGAAGGUACCACAUGGAGCACACAACCUGCAGCCGGACCAGGUCCUGAAGGUACCAUGAAGAGCACACAUCCUCCAGUGGAACUGGUUCCAGAUGGUACCAUGAGGAGCACACGUCCUCCAGUGGAACUGGUUCCAGAUGGUACCACAUGGAGCACACAUUCUCCACCAGAGCCAGGUCCUGAAGCUUCCAUGAGGAGCAUACAUCCUCCAGCGAAACUGGGUCCAGAUGGUACAAUGCAGAGCACCCAUUCUUCAGCAGAAACGGGUCUGGAUGAUACCAUGUGGAGUGCACAUCCCACAGCAGAACCUGGUCCCAGUGGUGCCACACUGUAUGCACGUCCUUCAGCAGAACUGGAUGCCGAUGGUACCACACGGAGCACAGCUUCUUUAGCAGAUUUCGGUCUAGAUGAUAGCCUGAGGAACAUGCAUCCUGCAGCAGAACCAGGUCCAGAUGGUACCAUGAUGGGCACACAUCCUGCAGCAGAACUGGGGUCAGAUGUUACCACAUGGAGCACACAUCCUGGAGCCAAACCUGGUCUGGAAGCUACCAUGAGGAGCACACGUUCUCCAGCACAUCUGGAUCCAGACGGUGCAGACCUGGACCCAGGCUCUGCUGGGGUCUCUGCUCCCCCCACAGAGCACCCAUUACCUCCUCCAUCGCAGAACCCCACUCUGACGCCAGGAACCCUUCCUGUCCUUGCAGUCCAACUGGGUCCAGGCUCCAGCAUCCCCUCCCAGUCCCCCAAGGAGAUCCCCAGCACCCAGAGCCCCCCAGCACCCACGCAGCACCCCAAGGAGACCCCCAGUGCACAGAGCCCCUCAACACUCAUUCAGCACCCCAUGGAACCCACAAGCACCCAUAGCCUCCCAACACACUUCCUGCACCCCAUGGAAACCCCCAGCCCCCAGAUACCCCCAGCACUCCCUCACCACCCCACAGAGACCCUCAGCACCCCAGUCGCCCCAGAACUCCCCCAGGACCGCAUGGAGAUCCUCAGCAUGCAGACCCCCCCAGCACUCUCCCAGCACCCUAUGGAGACUGUUAGCACCCAGCCCCCCCCAGCACCCCUGCAGCACCCCACAGAAAGCCUCAGCACCCAGGCAACCCCCAAACCCCAGGAGGGCCCCAUAUUGCUCCUCAGCAUCCAGACCCCCCUAGCACCCCCUCAGUACCCCACAGAGACCCUUGUAACCCAGACCCCCCCAGCUCAGCCUCAGCACCCCAUGGAGCCCCUUGGAACCCAGACAGCCCCAGCACCCCUUCAGACUCUCCCAGAGACCCUCGGCACCGAGACAACCCCAGCAUCCCCCCCGCCCCCCCUGGAGCCCCUUGGCACCCAGACCCCCCCCAGCACUCCUGCAGCACCCCAUGGAGCCCCUUGGCACCCAGACCCCCCCAGCACUCCUGCAGCACCCCAUGGAGCCCCUUAGUACCCAGACACCCCUAGAACUCCCACAGCACUCCACGGAGCCCCCCGGUAUGCAGACACCCCCAGCACCGCCUCAGGUCCCCCUAGAGCCCCUCAGCACCCAGACCACCCCAGUACCCCCUCAGCCCCUCCCAGAACCCCUCAGCACUCAGACCCCCCCAGCACUCCCACAGCUCCCCAUGGAGACCCUCGGC